UCAAAUUACAUAAACAUGAUAUAACCGUUGUUGACAUUUUGGACUUUUGUUUUGAUUUAUUAAAAGAAAUUGUGAAAUGAGUGAAUAAACGUUCCUAAAAUCUCGAAAACCUAUUGCAAAAACUGGGGGAAUGGGUUUGCUAAAGUUUACAUCCACACUAGGUGCUGUCCUCAACCAAACGAAACAAAAUGUGGACCUGUUGGGCAUCGGAGCGACCUAUCCGAUCAUCCAGCGGUGCAUCAGCGUGUACGGCGCCGCACGAAGGUCCCACUACGACGCGCUGGGAAUUAGUCCGGCGGCAACCCAGAACGACAUCAAGCAGGCCUACUACAACCUGUCAAAGGUGUACCAUCCGGACCGGAACGAGGGCAGCGACACGGCGGCGGAAAAGUUUCGUGCCAUCACCGAGGCGUACGAAGUGCUUGGGAAUUAUCGGCUGAGAAAGCUGUACGACAAGGGCAUUUUGCACACCGCAGGUCGUCAGUACGCGCGCCAGCAGGACGCGGUCAGCAAGGAGGCCGAGGAGGAAGAGGACGAUCCGCAAACGCGGUUCUACAAGAAGCGCAUGACGCGAACGCACGUUCCGACGGCUUCGGGGAGGACACCGAUUUACGAUUUUGACGAGUGGUCUCGGAACCAUUAUGGGGCGAGCUUUAACCGGAAGAAGAAGGCGGAGGAAAAGUUCCGGGCACGGGCCGCCCAGGACGAGCUGGUUAAUUCUACUGUGAUCCAGGGGUACGUCGUGUACGCCAUGGUCGGGCUGGGCCUGAUGUACGUGCUUAUUCUGAUGCAGGAACGGUCCCACGAUACGCCGAAACCGUUGCCAGAGAAGAAUGUAGCGGAGGAUGAAAAGUAGGAUUGUUUACAAGGUUUUAGUUAGUUAUGUAUUUUAAAAACAUGAGUGUAAAUAGAUCAUUGAUAUAUUUUGCUGCGAAUAAACUGAGAGUAAAAAGUUGGU